AAAUGUAUCUCACACAUGCGCAGAUAAAUUUACCGCCGAUCUUUCUCAAGCACUGAAGCUCGAGAAAAACAAGGAAAGAAACCAUGAUUCGCCACAAACUUAGAAAGGGUAUUGUUCGAUCUUCGGUGUUUUUAGCCAGUCAGCAUUGGCAGUAUUCGGGAAACGGUUUUCGUCGUAUAAACCAGCUACCAGAACAGAUUGUGGAAGACAUUGGAGAUGGAUCAGGUGUACCAGAAGUUAUUGUAGAGUUGGACCAGUACAGCACACAAAUGAAUGGAGAAGAUGAUGUGUGCAUGGAAAAUCUAAAGACAUUGCUGGGAAAUUUGAUGAAUUUUGAGCCACGAAGAAGUCAGGACGAUGCAACAGCAGAUGAGGAACAAAAUAAAUAUGCAGCUCAGUUUCUGCAGCAUGGAGGAGUGGAGGUAUUGAUAAGGAUUCUUAUGUUCAACACACUCUUCCCUCAGUCAAGCAAGAAGCCUAAAGUAGGGUAUUGUGAAUCAGAGGUGGUUCUGAGGAUAAAAAGUUUGGUUCUGGAAAUCCUGACCAAGUUUCAUGUCACUUCCAUUGGGGAACAAGUCACUGCUAUCCUGAUGGCGGACGAUGAGGUUCUAAAUUAUGUAUUCACUCUGUUAGCACAUCAGAAAACAUUUAUCAAUGCCUGUCAGUUAAUUGAGGACAUGUUACAAUCCAGGAGGGAAGUCCUAGAUCUCCACAGAAUCAAGAAUAUUCGCCCUUUGAUUCAGUCUUUGACUGACCAGCAGCUAGCCAACUUUUGUCGCAUACUCGCUGUUGCUAUAUCAGAUCUAGAUAUCUACGAAAACAAAUCAUCAUUAUUUGCACAGAACAAACAGAAGAGAACAAAGGGAUUUGUAAAUGUCAGAGACAUCAAUCAAGAGUUACUUCUAGGGAUCCCUGAGCUGCUUCCACGACUUGUCAAUUUAGCUGUAUCAAGAGACUACACUCCAAGGUACAGAGGUAUGGUCAGCGAGUUGGACUGUUGGAUGGAGUGGAUUGAGAACCAAAUGGCUGAGGAAAUGUAUGAUAGUCCGUCAAUGGAUGACCUAGAGGACUUUAUUGGAGGUAUAUCAGAGCCCACUACUGCUGGAGGUCCAAUGAAUCAACAGCAAGGACUGAAGAUAACAGAAGAGCUGGUACAGAGGGUGGAAGUGGUGUAUGUACUGGGACUGUUCCUUCUAGGAAAACACAGGAAAAAGGUUCAAAGAAAGUUGGCAGAGUUGAAGUUAGCUCCAGGGUUGAGUGAGUUAUUUGACCAGUUCAUAUGGAAAUGUCAAGUAAGCAGAUACAGUAGUCGUCAUCGUCUGCGUGGUCAUAAUGCUGCUUGUGAAUGCAGUCCUGAAGUGGCCCUGAAGAUCCAGUUCCUUAGAUUGGUCCACAGCUUUUGUGACCACUCGGAUUACAAGCACCUGCUCCUGUCUAAGAAUGAGUUAAAUGAAGUUGUCAGAAUUAAUACCAAAGCAGGGUCUCUAGCUCUAUCUAAUCUUUCCUCUGUAAACAAACAGUUGAUGUGUAAGGGCAGUAAAGGGCUGCUGACAAAAAUUGUGGAGGUUAUGAAGAAAGAACCAACGACGUCCACAUUCCGAUUCUGGCUUGCCCGAGCCGUAGAGAGCUAUCUCCGUGGUAACACAUCCUAUUGCGACCAGGUGUUUCUGAUGAGGCGUGGCCUCUUACAGCAUGUAGCCUCCAACAUUGUGGAGCAUGAAAUCAGACACAAAGAGAUUCUGCAAAGUAGUUUUGAUUUACUUGGAGAGCUAAUUAAAUUUAAUGUAGAAGCUUUCAGAACUUUUGAAGAAAUUCUGCACACUCAGCCAAAUUUUGACAAAUUCAUCAACACGGUCAACAGAAACCUAGUGGAUUCAAACAUGUUCAUACGUAGUCUGGUUCUCUCCCUUGAACACCUGAUGAAUGAAGAAACAGCAUUCAUGGAUUAUGCCAAGAAAGAGAACAAGUUGUUGAUGUACAUUGGUGACUUCAAUAGACAGCUGGACUAUCUGUAUAAACUCAUCAAAAUCAUCAAUGUCCAAAAUCUCACACAGGAAAAUGUGAGUUGCUUGAACACAACCUUGGUAUUUCUGAUGUUUGCCAAUCGUAAGAAUGCCCUCCCCAGGUACCUCCAAGCACUGCGGGACGAGAAGGAGGAUGUCAUGGAAGUCAGUGGUGCUGCAAACCUCCUCCGCAACUUCAGGGAGCUGUUGGUUUUCUGGCAGGAUCAUUAUCUCCACAAGGACAAAGACUGCAGUGCUCUGGAGAAGAGUUCCAGAAUAAGUUUUGACUACUGGAAGUCUACAGUAUGUACUCUAGUCACAACAGACAAAAAUGAUAAGUGUGGAAUCCUUCAUUAUGUUCAGGAACCAAUGAAGUGUGACCGACCUAAUUAGUCAUUAGACUGUGACAAACCUAUUCAUUCUUGGUUGUCUCUGGACAGACUGUAUGGGCAUUAUGACCACUAACGGUUUGUACAGAACGUCUUCUCAUUUGAAGGCUCUUAUGCGGGUAAUUAGAGUCAAGUGUCAAAAGUUGCUUCAUAUGUGCAAUUAGUUUCAUUUUGGUUUAACCACGUGCAAUGACUUUGAGAGAUAGACACCUGGAUGGAAGCAUGUGCAAUAUUAUGACCACAUGGUGGCAUAAGAUGUGUGUUGAAUGAUCAAAAGUGGUUCUUCAUCUUAUGAAACCCAGCCAGUUUGUGUGAGAGAAAUUGUAUAUUUACCUUUUCUGUUGGCCAUGACUGAUUGUGACUUUUCAUGUUUUUCUGACUGUUGGAUGUGAUGAAUAAGUAGCGAGGAUGGAUUUUUCAGAAUAACACAAUGUGUUCAUUUUUUGGUGAAUUUGAAAACACAUGGAGUGCUGGUAAUUUCUACCUUUGACAAACAGGAAGAUAUCAGGUUAUUUCAUUCCUGUCAUUACGAGUGGAAGGGAGAAGGGUUUCAGUGCUUUUUUAAAAAAAUAUUUUAGCUUUUAACACUGUCUUAUUCAAUAGCUUGUGGAACUGUUGUGUUUUGAAGCUACGAGCAUUCUAAUUUCAUGUGUUUCUCAAUUUGAGUUGUUGUAAAUGAUAAAUGUCUUAAUUUAUUCACACAUGUAUGUAUAUCUUUCUGCACAAAUAUUUUGUGAGUGAGAAGUGUAUAAAAUUCAGAAUAUUUAUUGAGUGAUUGUGUAGCUUGUAUGAUUAUGCAUGUUUACUAAUAUGUCAUUAUCAACAGCAUAUUUUCACAUUUUUUCAUAUAUUUUUAUUGUUCAAUUUUUGUUGCAAUGUAAAUUCCCUUCUAAUAUAAAAAAUAUAACACUAUUUGGGAAACAGUAUGGAAAUGGAAUUUGUAAUUAAAAAUUAUACCUGUAGAUCAGUCAGCAAAUGACAAGUUUUAAAAAAUCUUUGCAAUGAGUUGAUCCCAGUACCAGAUUUGUUAUACUUUUGAUCAUUUUCUCCGUCCAUCAUUUGAUUUGGAAUCUUACUUAAAAUCUUGUCAUGUAUAUUCACUACAUCAUUACUUCCUCCCAUGAUAUCAUCAUUAUUUGUGCCAAAAGCAAAAAAAUCUCCAAUGUAUGGGAGGGGUGUGAAAGACUGCCUGGUUAGACUGUGAGAAACUGCUUAGUGUGUGCUGUGAUACAAAAGUGUGAAAACAAAACCUCGAGAGGUCAAGUAUUUACUUUGUAUUUCAUAUGGUUUUGAAGAAGUUGCAUCCCUUUUUGUAAAAUAUCAUAUGAGUUACAAAUUAUUAAUAACAGUGUAUGUGUAUAUUGAUGUCUUUAUAAGAAAUGAUAAUUACAGAAUUACUGUCUGCGAAUGCAGUAAUCAUUAAAAUGAUAAUUGCUACAGAACAGAGUAGUAUUUUUUUUUUGUGUGAGUUAUCUGCCCCAUCAUCGUUUCAUGCAUAUCAUCCUACCAUUCCGUCAUUAUAGAGAACCUCUACAUCUGUGUGAUCUCAGGUAAUCUGAUUGUCCUUAAUGGACUCGAUUUUAUUUCUUAUCUCGGUAAUUUGGUAAGGAUUAUGGUUAUUAAAAUGUUUUGUCAUUUUUAAGUGUGAACUUAUAUAAUAAUUUCAUCACAAAAAGAGUAAAAUUAUAAAGAUAUUUUAGGUUAAAUUUUAAUUUUGUCAUGUGCUAAAUAAAUCCAUUAGCUGCAUAAUUUUAAGUAUUUAUAUAUAUUUUUUUUUUAAAUAUAUGACAUGUGUACAUGUACUUAUCAUUUCAUUGCAUUGAGUAUUUUCUGAAUGGUACAGUAUUGUGUCAUAAAACACAUUUCAUUGCAUGAGAAGAAUUCUGUAAGAAAUACUUCAUAUAGCUGCAUUAAGAAUUAUUCUUAAGAAGACCUUUUUUUUCUGUGACAUAUUUUAUUGUGAUCUGAUAUAGAAGAAUGCAAUCGGCAUUGAAUGCUUUGUUCUUUAAUAUGUAUUGUUUUUAAUUGUAAAAAU